CACCUAUCUCCUUUGCAUCUCUCUCCAUCUCUCUCAUCCACCAUGCCCCGCCCCCGCAUCACGCGCGUCAACCAAGCAGUCCGGCAGACCGUCGAGCCAAUCGGACGGGCGCUAGCGCAGGCCUUCAACGACGGCGACUUCCUCUCCACCGGGCUGGCCAAGAGCGUGUCCCCCGACGUGGGGACACAGGAGAAGUGGACCGCCGCGCGGCUCGAGAACAAGACGGCGCAGGCCAUCCUCGAGCUCGAGGCGUGGGUCGCUAUCCCGGCCGAUGCGCCGUUCCCCGACGAUCCGGUCUUCCCCGGCGCAGUGAUGCUCCUCGCCCCGCCCGGCGUCGAGGCCAGCGCGGUGCCGCAUCCGAAGAACAGCUGGUAUACGGCGUACAAGGAGGUCACGCCGGCUGAGACGACGCGGAUCUACGACCAGCUCCUCACCGAACUCGCCGACCUCGAGGAUUCGGCAGUCCCCGGCGGGGCGAAGGACACCUACCACAUCGACUUUAUCGGCACGCCCCCUGCCGCACGCAAGCAGGGCCUCGCGAGUGCACUCCUGCGCCACGUGUUAGAUCGCGCGGACCGGGAUAAGAUCAUCGCGACGCUCGUUACGCAGACUGCCUCGAAUGAGGCAUACUACACCCGAUUCGGCUUCCAAACGGUCGCCCAGCGCUCCCUGACAGUCAACGGCGAGAGCGGCACCAUCUGGUACAUGGUCUACAAGCCCGGCAGCCAACCAGAAUACGAGAAGGACGAGGAGGAGGAGGAGGACGACGCCGAGGCGCAGGCCUUCGUUGCGCGCACCGGGACUGUGGGGCACGACCACGGGCACGACCACGACCACUCACACGGCGGCGGGUGUUGCUGA